CCCUAAUGGGUUUCCAAUGUUAUUCACUUUUUUUUUUUUUUUUAAACGUAACUUAAUCUGUUAAUUGAUGCCUGAGUGAUGUUCUGAUGUAUAGUCCACCCUUCCAGUUAGCCUUUGUAACUAUCAGUUUUUAAUAUUUUGUGAACAAUCCAUUGCUGGUUUGGUUUGUAACUCCUGCUUGUUAUUCUAUAGAGUUUUGUAGUGGUUAAUUAACCUAUUCUCUGUCUCCCUUAUCAUCUGGGUCUCUGCUGGCCGUGUUUUGUUUUGGAUUAUAAUUGUUGUCUCCAUGGCGUCAGCGAUCGGAUAAUGGGCGGCCAGUUUUGUUGUCGGUAGGAAGGGGGCAGGAAGAGGAAGCGAUUGAAGUAUCUUAGAGUUUGAGUUGAAGGCGAGACGGGCUGAUGGCUGAAGUAGUUGGGCCUAGAUUAUACAGCUGUUACAAUUGUCGAAACAAUGUUGCCCUUCAUGAUGAUAUCAUUUCCAAAGCUUUUCAGGGGAGAAAUGGGCGCGCGUUUCUGUUUUCUCACACAACGAAUGUAGUUGUGGGGCCAAAGGAGGAUAGGCAGCUCAUGACAGGUUUGCAUACAGUCGCUGAUAUCUACUGCUGUGAUUGUCAUGAAGUGUUGGGCUGGAAGUAUGAAAGAGCAUAUGAGGAGACACAGAAGUACAAAGAAGGGAAGUUUAUUCUUGAGAAGUCAAAGAUUGUGAAGGAGAACUGGUAGCUCCCACCUGUGGGCGCUGUGUUGGCAGAACUUCUGAAUGCAAGUGCCUUUCUCUUGUGACAUGAUCCUUUUGAGUGAUUUCAUGUUUCCAAAUAUUCAUCUUGUACAAAAUGGUUCAAUGAAAGUUCCAGGGCUGCUUCUUGUCAUAUCUUGCUGCCAUGCCAAUGCCAUUUGUAGAGAGUAUGUACUGGAAACUGUUAUUCUUCGUUUGAAUAAAUCACAAGUUCAUGCAUA